AAAAUAGAGAGAUAGCAAAAAAAAAAUAUUUCUAGAGAGAGAAACCUCCUUUCUUCUUCCUCCUUUUUCCUUCUCUCUUUCUCCAUAUAUUCUAAUUUUGCCUUCUCUGCUGAUCACUGUUUUUUGGGUAGUUGUGAUUUUCUCUCUCCUCUAAUCUCCAUUUUUCAUUGAAUUUUCAACAAUUUUUUUCACCAUUUUUAUUAUUUUCUUCGAAUUAUCCAUUUUUGUUUUCCCUUUUUUCGUGCUCCAUGAACUCUUCUUGAUUUCGUUGGAAGUUCUGAGCUCUGAAAUUUUUGUGCUGAAAUUUCAAUUAAUUUUGUUAAUUUCUCUCUUAAACAUUAAUUGAUCCGUGUUUAAAGAGGUUUGAUGAAUUAAUUGCUUCAUUGGAAGGUUUCAUGAUCAUUAAUUAAGUCGGAUUAAUUGUUGAGAGAGAUUAUCGGAAGUUAGGGUUUCGAAUUUGAUUCGAAGAAUUGCUGAAGAAAAAUUCGUCGCUUUUUUGUGAAGAAUUUGGUGGAAUGGUGGCGCUUCUGAAAAAGAAAUUGGGAGUAUAAAUUCGUAAUUCAUUGGGUGUAAAUUGUGCAUUUGAAGAAUCAAAGCAUAUGCUAAAGUUAUAGUGGUUGAUUUGAUUGUAUAGUUUGGUUUGUUGGGGUUGAAUUUGAUUUGAAUUGCAUAGUUUGGAAUUUGAUUUGAAAGUAAAAAUAGAGGGUCAUUUUGUAACAAUAGCAGUGACGGAUCCCUCAAUUGAAUAUAGAGGGUGUGAUUGUGUAGCUGGUCUGGAGUGCUUACUAAAUAUAAUCAGGGCCCUGAGAAUGGGGUCCUGCUUAUCUGCGGAAAGCAGGAGCCCUCUCCCCGGUUCUCCGUCCGCGGGUUUAGGGGUUAGGAGGAAGAAGAAUGCCAAGAAACGAUUCGGGUCUCGGGGUAAUUCCUUUGAUCAUAGGAAGGAUGAGUACCUGUACAAGGUCCCGGGCCGGUUGUUCUUUAAUGGUUCGACCGAGGCUGCUUCUUUGUUUACUCAGCAGGGGAAGAAGGGAACCAACCAGGAUGCUAUGAUUGUUUGGGAGAACUUUUGCUCAAGAAAUGAUACUAUUUUUUGUGGGGUUUUUGAUGGACAUGGACCAUAUGGUCAUAUGGUUGCUAGGAAAGUAAGGGAUUCCCUUCCUCAGAAGUUACAUGCUCAGUGGGAAGUGAAUGCAAAAAGUGAAGAAGUUCUCAGAGAGAUCAGUCUUAACUCUAGCAGCAUGAAUUCAGAAGAUACUUCAUUUAUGUCUGCUGAUGAAGAUUCCAGGGUCUCUGUUGAUCUUGAAGAAACAGAGAAAGACCCAGAAAUUUACCAGAUCCUGAAAGAAUCAUUUCUAAAAGCUUUCAGAAUCAUGGACCGGGAAUUGAGAGUACACACAAGUGUUGAUUGCUUUUGUAGUGGAACUACAGCAGUGACAUUUAUAAAGCAGGGGCAAGACCUUGUUAUCGGAAAUGUUGGUGACUCGAGAGCGGUGCUAGGGACCAGAGAUAUUGACAAUACUCUAGUUGCUGUGCAGUUGACUGUGGAUCUCAAACCAAAUCUGCCAGCGGAAGCAGAGAGAAUUAAGAAGUGCAGAGGUCGUGUUUUUGCACUUCAAGAUGAACCUGAUGUUGCCCGGGUUUGGUUGCCAAACAAUGAUUCACCGGGCCUUGCCAUGGCACGAGCAUUUGGAGACUUCUGCCUGAAGGAUUUUGGCCUUAUAGCGGUGCCAGACAUAUCAUAUAGGCGCUUGACUGAUAAGGAUGAAUUCAUUGUUUUGGCUACAGACGGGAUUUGGGAUGUCCUCUCAAACAAAGAAGUGGUUGACAUUGUAGCAGGAGCCCCUUCACGAUCCACUGCUGCUAGAGCUCUGGUUGAAACAGCUGUCCGAGGAUGGAAAAUGAGAUACCCAACUUCUAAGACAGAUGAUUGUGCUGUGGUUUGUCUUUUCCUUGACUCAAACACAGACAACAUAUCUUCUGCUUUCGCUUCCAAAGAGAGAGAACAUCCAGUUUCAGCAGAACCAUCUCAAGCUGGGGCUGAUAAAGAGCAUGCCAAUGGCCCAACCACUGUCGAUCAGCAAACUAGCAAGGUCGAUGAAAAGGUUGCUACAGAGGAUGACAUGCUUUUGGAUGACUAUUCAGCCUUAGACGGUGUUACCCGGGUGAAUACCCUGUUGAACCUGCCGAGGUUCACACCCGGGAAAGUAGGAUAAGAAAACUUCGAGACGAAGGCCCUGAACGAUGUAAGAGCAGGAGGGUCAGCUUGGCCUUAAACUUUUUAUUAUUCUUCUCUUGCUCUUUGCUCAUUUAUUGUCGUCCUGUAAUUUUUCAUAGUUACUCAGUUACUAUAUCUAUCUACAGAAGUUGUAAUAUGAACAGGAUAGACUUGCCCAGUUAUAUUAGGGUCCUGGGAAGUAAUCCUCUAUAGCUGUAGUCGGUUAGCCUUAAAUUUUGUAAAAUCAUUAAAAAAAAAUAAUAUUGUAAUUUGUUGAUUAUAAUUUCCCCCUUCUGAUAUACUGUACAACCUGGUUUGAUGUGAUGAUUGUUGCAUAUUGCAGCAAGCGAUAAACGACUACGUGUUGUGUGAUGAAUUCGUGUUAUGAGAAGUUUUCUUCUAGACUA